AUGUGGAUAACUAAGCCAUAUUAUUAUUCUUAUUCGCAUUGUCAAUAUGUCAAAAUCAUAUUAAUACUGUGUUAUCAUGUGUUCUUAACUCAAUUGGUUUUGAGUAGUGAUUCAUCGCCUUUAGACGAUACAUCGCAUACACUAAAUGAGAAAUCAUAUUCUGAUAAUCAGUGGGAAUAUGAUGCCUCAAGAGCUGAACUAUGGUCACCAAAAACUCCAUUGGAAGUAUGGCCCGAUUUCAAACCAAUACAAGAAUGUGAUACACGCGAAUUUAAACAAUUUCAACCUUAUUCCAACAAACUGCCUGGUAUCAAUGAUCAAUUCGAAUGGACUAGUAUAAGUAUAUUCAAUUCAGAACGUGUUAAACGUGGACAUAUCCUCCUCGGUGGAUCAUUUCGACGUCAGCAACCAGAUUCCCUGGAGCUGAGUGACACUGUAUCACCACGACAAAAUAGUCAUGUAUUUCUGUGCCAUUUAGAUCUGAAAUCUGAUCGUGAUUCCCUGUUGGGAUUUGGAUUUAAUGAGAAUCCGUGUACCCUGUUAGAACAAACUUCUACUAGCAGUGUGAAGGAUCAUGAAUUUCUUGGAGCGUCAAGUGAAGCAUUAAAAAUCAACCAAGAUCUUAGUUUGUUUGUAUAUUGUGAUCCUUUAUGGAGAGCUGGUUCAAAAGUCCCUGUGGGUAGAUGUUUCUCGCAUAUUGUACGCAAUGGACAAGUUCAACCAAGUCUGGAGUUAGCCGACUUUUGUCAAACAGGAAUGCAAGUCGCUACACCAUGUGCAGCAGGUCAAAGUGUUGCUCUUUCGAUGGGUAACGACAACAUUGUAAAAACGUCAAAAUCUGUUGCUAAUCUCUUAUCGAAUGUUAGACUAUGGGUUGGUGAACCAUUGUCAACACCACAUGGACGUAUUCAAAUAUUAACGGAUCUCUAUGGUUCAAUGAAGCUGAUCACGAUACCUAGACCAGAAAAUACUGAAAGUAUGGCUAUUGGUUCAUUUUUUGGUUAUGCUCUGACAGAAGAUUUCGUCACAGCUCCUGGUCUACUUAGUCGUCAAGAUGGGAAUUAUACAAAUCCUAUUCAUUUAGUUGGUAUCCACUUGGCCAAAUCGUCUAGAGAGUCAACAAAUGGUUUCUAUGGAACAGUGGAUUGGUUCCCUGAAACCAGCAGGUCAGAUCAAUUCUCUGGAAAUGGUAUGUCUGUGUUGAGAGUACACUUGAAGGGGCCGUAUAUUAAAAGUGUUGUUAUGGGUGCUCCAUAUGCAGGUGAUAUUGAGAAAACGGAAAAUCAAUCAGAUACUACAACUCAAUCGAUGACUUAUAAUCGAGGCAGAAUAUACCUUUUUUGUCAAUCAGAUCAUGGAAUCAGUUUGAAAUCAGAUAUGCAUCAAGUCUCGACAACUUAUGAUUACCUGGACGGUCCAAAAGGCUCAACAAAUUUUGGUUUUGCAUUGACUAAUCUCGGUGAUUUCGAUGGAGAUGGAAAUGACGAGUUGGCUGUAGGUGCACCUGAUUUGAAGAAUGCCUAUGGUUACAGUCACAUCUAUAUUAUACGUACUCUGUCCAAUUGUCGAUUUGACAGAACACCAUUACAUCGGUUGACCAGUCCACCUGGAGCUUAUGAUUUCGGUGCUCAUCUACCAUCGCGUGCUUAUGACUUAGACUUCAAUGGAAUGAAUGAUCUUGUAGUGCCUAUAUCACCAUCGAAACAGGCAUCCAGUCAAACGGCUAUUGUAUUCGCUAGUCGACACACAUGGACAGCAGAAUGUCAAUUCACCUUUCCGCCAUGGUUAGCGAUUAGAAAUCUUCUGAUGAAUGAUAUAAUACCUGUUCAAAUUAUGAUAUAUUUUAAAGGUGGGAGGAAUAAACUCUCACGAGUAAAUCAAUCAGAUGGGAAUAUUUUUUUCCAAUCAUCAGAUCUACAGAAAUUCAUUCAUCAAAUCAAUACAGAUUGGAAUGCAAGUCAGGCGACUGGACAACGUUUCAGUCUGGCUAGUCAAAUUAAAUCUCACCUGGAAGUGAAACAGAGCCAGUUGAUUGUUGAAUUUAAUAUACAGGCGAAAAUGAAUGUUGAAGAUAUGCAUGAUUUAGAGUCGGAUAAAACUGGAGCUGGUGUAUUCCUGGCCUAUCGAUUUUUACAACCAUGUUAUGGGGAUCAAAGUGUUAUCGAUCGUAAUGGUAGUUGUCCAAAUGGAGGUUGGUUAAAACGUCCUAUAAUUGAUUGGUCAAAGUGUAUUGCUAAAAUCCCCCUGUCACGAUAUGUUUGUUAUCCACGGCCAGAGUGUGAAAGUGAUGUUGGCAUACGUGUGAAAGAUAUACAAUCAGGACAGAUUGUUGCUUGGGGUGAUAUGAUUGAUAAAGAGAAAUCUGCUAUCGAUCAGAAUGGUAUUAUUACCAGUAAUAAUAAUAACAGUACUAAGGACAAUACUGCUGAUUCUAUACCCAGUACUACAAUCGACAUCGAAUACGGGAAUACGAAUAUGUCAAGACCACAAUUACAAAUUGAAAUCUACAAUUAUGGACCGACUAAAGCUCAAGGCACUCGAAUGGAAUUACAGUUUCAUGGAAAUUUGCGAUUUUCACGACUUGAAUUCGAUGUUGACACAUCUGAAGCUGGAACUAGUAACAGCAUUAGUCAGUCAGAACCAUUAAUGGUUGAAGUAUCAGAGAAUGAAACUUGGGUUCACUGUCCUAUCGGGACAUUACUAGCACCAGUCGUUAUGUCGGAUACUGGAAGUGAAAUCAUCGAACCGAGUCAACGUUUUAUCUUGUCGACAUAUUAUGAUAAAUUCAUGUCAGAGGACGAUACAAACUUUCAGAAUGGUGCAGGAGUCACCGUUAAUGUGAUAACCGGUACACCAGACCCCCAACCAAUUAGUAAUACAAUCCGAUUUAAUUAUCGUGUGAUACAUAAACCUCGAAUAAGAAUCUCUUAUGGCCCAGGAGAGAUAUCUAGUAGGAUGGAUAAUCGUUCUGCACCGUCGAAACGUAUCCCUGGUCAACAACAACGUGUUCUCGUCUCUGAAAUUGGUCCAAAAAUUGAGCAUACCCUACAGAUUGAAUAUAUGGGACCAUCGAAUAGGCUGAAAAAUGUUACAAUCACUGCAGCCGUGCCGAUUGAAUUGAAUCCUGAAGAUGCUGUAGGCGGUGCAACAUCACCCUAUAUAGUUUAUAUGUUCAAUGAAAUCCGUGGGACACAAUCACAUGACAGUAAUGCCUUGAAAUGGAUAGAUGUACGACCAAAACUGUUAGCAUCAGGUCGACAAAAUGUUGAUGAUACUGAUGUUAGUAAAGUUGGAACAUGUACAAUAGUGAAUAGUGAAAGUGUUAUCAACCCUCGAGGAGUUAUACCAAUGGAUGUAGAUACACUAUAUUCUCGUAAACGACGUGGUGCCUCAAACAAUCCCGCUGGUGAAGGCGUGGAUGAAAUGAAUGAAGACAAGUAUUCAGCCGAUAGUGAUAAUCAGUCAGCAUUGUAUGAUGAAAAUGUCCAGUCGUCUUUAUCAUCUAAAAUUCCGGUUAUUCAAUUUAGACGACUACAAAAAGAAGUAUUUCAAUGUAAUCGUGUUGGUAAUCGGAUACAAAAGCCAAUAUGUGCAGAAAUUAUUUGUCAUAUUGAUGAGCUGCUGAAACAUCGUCCAGUUGUCCUCAAAGUGACUGGAUGGUUAUGGGCAAGAACAUUAUUUGCUAAGCAUAUUUCAGAUGUUGAUCUUGUCACAACAAUCUCAGUGAAUCAAGGUGAAAUCCCAGAGGGUGUACAUCCAGCUGAAGAACCAGUUGGUCAUUUCUAUUUAUCUCAAACAUUUUUCUUUCCACAAAUUCGUCCAAAAUUAAUUCAUCAAAUUCCAAUAUGGCCAAUUAUAGUCGGUGUCGUUUUAGGCUUAAUUGUUCUCUACCUAUUGAUUAUACUACUAUAUCUAUUAGGCUUCUUUAGACGACGUAAAACUCAACUGCGUAAAGCAAUGCUUACAAAAGGCGGUGCUGAAGAGACCUAUAAACGUGAACAAACUGAAUCGCUACUAGUUGGUGAAACAAAAACCGCACAGACAAAUGAUGUUCACAAGGCAAUUAAUUCAACAUCUCCAGCACAAAGUGAUGCGCGGAUGCCAACGGGGAAAAAGUUGAAAAAGAAGCAUAAAAAAGAUUUGAAUAUUCUUCAUCCAGCUGAUUUAUCCGUGACAACAUCAUCGACAAACGGUCAUCAACAUCAUGCAUACAAAGAGUCAGAGGAACAGAAUCUGAUAACAGACUCCACUUCAUCUCAGUGAGAGAUUUCACCAUAUAUUGUGAAUGUGCCGUCUGCUUGCUUUACUUUGUGAAUUUCUUCUUGAGUGGAACAAAACAGUUUCUCUGCCGCCUCCACAGACACACACACACACCCCUCCCCAACCCUUUGGAGAAAGAGAUGAUGUGUUGACCGACCAAAUGGUUUUCACCAGGUUAUCGCACUUGCUUUUCUUGUAAAUUUAGGUGUUUGUAUUUUUCUUUUCUUGGGAUUAUUUUUUGGGGUUUUCGUUUUGUGAUAAAUAUAUAUACACACAUAUAUAUGCAUACAAUAUCAGUGUAUUUAUGACGUCACACAACUCUAAUAGUUUAUUUGCAUAUAUAUACAUAUUUAUGCCUCUUUGUUGGUGAGAUUCGACUUUUUCUGUCUUUUUUCUCUCUGCCCACCCCCCGCCCUCCCUCUGUAUUUUACCUGUUAUUGUAUUUACUGGUCAGUUGUUCUCCACCCCCAACCUCCCUUCUUCUCUGUCUAUCUGUCUGUAUGUAUACAUGUUAUCAGAACUAUUAUCUCUUCAUGUAUUCUGCCUGCCUCCUGAUUUUCCUGUUCUCUGCUUCACAGCUAUUUUGUCUUUGUUGUACCUCAGAAGUCGACAGGAGAAACAGCCCUCUCUCGAUCCAUAUAUAUAUAUACAUAUAUUGGCUUAGGUAAAUGUCAGGUUGCAUUGUCUGUCUUCGCGAUCGAUUCAGUCAAUCCUACAAUGGGAUUAAUCAAUAUCUGUAUUGCUUCAAGUGAACUUGAGUUGGAAAACCGAUCACAAUUUUCUUAUUUUAGCGCGUCAAUGAUUUUACUCGCCUCAAAAUUUUUUUUAUUCUUUUCAGAUGCCAUCUUUUAGGUGGUAGGAACUUGGUUGGUUUUUUCAUUUGAUGAUACCUGAUCGAUAAAUAUUACACUUGAUAGUCAAUACUUACACAGAAUUGAAUAAAUAGAUAGACAGACGAACACACACAGGCAUAGACACACAUGGGCCUACACACACACAUAUUUUUUAAAUUUAUGUCUAUCUACCUAUCUAUCUACCUACCUGUCUACCUAUCUAUCAAUCAAAUCUUAUGUUCAAUUUUUAAAAAAAACUAAACUGAGUUGUAUUCAAACAGGUUGAGUAAUCUGUCUAUUUUCUAUUAGAAUGUAAAAUAAACUACACAUUUGUU